GGACGAAUGUGCGACGGCACUGCGCCACGACGACUACUGCCACGAUGGCCGAGGAGACUGACACAAACGAUAAAGCGACGAUGGAAAGUAUAGCGCAAAAUAUACUUGAGAUCAGUGCCGGAGGUGGGUCCGCGUCGAACGAAGUCGCUGCGCUGGAGUUUCAGGCCUCGCAGGUGAUAUCGAGGCUCGAGGAAGCCGUCGUCAAGGCAGCCGACGGCGGUGGGACCACUUGGAACAACCCCUCAGGUUUUCUCUCGCAGUCGAAAAACCCGGAUGAAAUAUUAACUUUGAUCCAGGAUUUGGUAAUCCACGAAGAUGGUCCACAAGCAACAGAAGACGGUUCGACAGAAAUAUCAGCGAGCCAAGUCACCGCCCUGCCAACGUUAUCAGAAUCGGCGAAAUUAGCAUUAAUAACGUACACGGUAUCUGCUUACGCCCUUGCACUUCCGAAAUCUCAUGCUCAGAAGCUAGCCGGCCGUUUGGCCGCUGACACAACCCGAUGGCUAAGCCACAUCUUUCGUUUCGUCGACUGUGCCUCCUCGUUCCACGAGGAUCACCUGGAAGGCUUGAUCAGGGUCACUAGGCUAGCCUUGCAUCGAAAGUACCCCCGUUACAUGGACGAGGGCUUCACUGCCCUCGCAGCCUCGCCGCCAUUAAUUUACAGUUCGGUGGCCGCGCCUUUAGGCGUGGUCCAACAUCUAUGCAAACAGCUUUCUUUGCCGCUUCACUGUGUAAGACCCAUCCCCCAUAACACGAUGUUUGGGUCAAGAUACAGUAUGGACGUGUCAGCCUUGGAACGACGAUUAGCCGAGGACACGCAAUCAAAUAGUGUGACGCCGCUUCUCGUGCUCGCUGAGGCCGGCUCUGUGCUAACUGGACACUGCGAUAAUAUCGCCAGGCUGCGUGCUAUUUGCGAUAAGUACAAUGUCUGGCUCCAUCUCAGGGGACACUCGUUGGCCGCGUUAGCUUUGAAUAAUUCAGCGAAAGAUCUGCCCUCGAAGAUAGCAGACAGUAUCACAUUACCCUUGGGUAUUUGGCUCGGUAUACCAUCUUUGCCAGUAGUUACGUUGUACAGAUUAACAGACACAAAGGGUGGUCGACCGACACCGAGGGACACAACGUUAUCUCUGGUGUCGGGUUUAAUGGCGGAUUCUUUAUCGAGACGUCUGCCAACGUUGCCUCUGUGGGCUGCUUUACAAGCAUUAGGUCGGGAUGGUGUAUAUAACAGGUUGAAGAGAUGCUUUUUGGCUGUGGAGGACUUGUACCAUACGAUCAAGAAAUUCAAUUGCAUAAGGAUAUUGAGUCAACCACCGGGGGGUGAAACAGGCUCUUACACGAUAAACGAACUGUUAUCGAACCCGGUGAACAAUCCACAAAUAUUCGAGGCGGUGGCGAGCGCAUUAGUGUUUCAAUUCGUGCCUGCAGAUAGGGACCCCCAGUCAACAGAACCCGUCCCGCCUUACUACGACAAGCUGAACUCAUGGCUGGGACAGAUACUGCAAAGAGACAUCGAAAACGUACAAAUAGAGCUGUGCGAAAUCGAGAACCAUGGAGUCGCGAUCCGUAUUUGCCCGUUGGAGAACCCGAAGGAACCACCGUCUAGCAACGAUAUAGAUAAUGUGGUCGCCUGCCUUGAACAACAAAUAGAAAUACUGCUGGCGACGGUGGAGCAUAAAGAAACAUUUGUAAAGUUAGUGUCGGAGAACGAUUCGUUGCAUUUAGUUGAGAUGCCGGAUUGGGCAGGCCUAGGCGGCGUUCGCUAUGCUCCUCCUACCUGGAUCCACGUGAUGACGGACCAGGCGAAAGACGAAUUGAAUAGAUUAAAUACGCAAUUGGUCGAAGCUUUACGAAGCACAGAUGCAGCGUUUUCUUUGGGAGAAGGUGGCGAUGGUUUGGCCUGCGUGCGAUUCGGAAUGGUUACACAGGAGACAGAUGUAGCCGAGCUACUAUCCUUAGUCUUAAAAGUCGGUCAGGAAGUGGAGGCUAGCUCCAAGCUGUUGGAAACAAUAUCCGAGGUGGUGAAACGUGGCAUCGAGGCAGCUCAGACAGAUUUAGAGAGGGAAAACGCGGAGAAAAUGUGGCAGGAAGGUAUAUUGAGGCAUGUGCCUGUGGUAGGAACCUUCGUAAAUUGGUGGAGCCCUCCUUCGAAGGAAACUGGAGUUCGUGGACGUAGUUUGAAUCUCCAAGCUGGGGUUGUUGAAAGCACAGAGAACAUAUACAAGUACCACAUGCAGUUGCAGCCCAAUACUACGGUGAUAAAUGGAUCCGGUGCUAGAACUCCCCCGCAGCCUUUAGUACAGACCCCGGUCGGUGCCGGGAGUCAAAGCCACAGUCGGUCGUCGAGUCAUUCCAGUUUGCAAAGCGGCAAAAGUAUUUCUGUGAUCACGAACGCCGUCUCCCACCCGCAGGUGAAAGAGGAAUCCGGCGAAGUGAAGUCGUAGUAAACAUGAAACGAUACCGUUGAUCGACAGAAAUUCACAGCCAAGUCCGAGUGGGCUCGACGGCUGACAAAUAACUACGGACGAAACGGUCGAACGUUUUCCUGCAGACGCUAACAGUUUACACUCGCAGAGCAAAGCAUUAGUCCCUAAAGCAUGCGUCGAAGAGCUUGGUAACUCGAUCGAGGUAAACACGCCAUUACUUUGUCAUUCUAUUCUGAAUAAAGUAUUUUACGUUAUUUCUUCAUCAUGUCCCAUCGACCGCAUUCUUCUCUCUUCACCUGUUUCAAUUCGAGGCUCUAGUUUCUGAAAGCUCUGGUCUGACGAAUGUGGCUUGUGUACUUAUUAGACUGAUGCAACAAGCAAAAGCAUUCUGGACUCGAUAAGAAGUAUCUCAAUACUGUCUAUCGUUCGAAUAUCUCUUGCAGCAGAAUAGGCAGUGAUUUGUUAUGCUGGUAGACUGUGGAUGUUCCAGAGGGCAAACAUUUUUAUAUUGUUUAUACUGUUAAUUUUCGUUCGGGCCCAAUUUUUGUAUUUUAUAAGAUUAGGUACUAAACAGAAAAAUGGUUUCCUCUAAUAGGAACCUAAUUAAAUAAGAAAGGAGAUAAAACUUUGGUUGAUCCAAAUGGAAAUCUUCGUUUAAAGGUUCUAUUUUAUUUGAUUAUGUACAUAAGUAGAUUUGAACAUCUACAGUCUGUUCGUCAAGCUAAUAUCUUGAUACAAUCUUGAAAGUCAAUGACUUUGACCUUCGUCAAUUCAGUGAAUAACAACAGUUUAUUAAUGAAAAUGAGAAGUAUAACGAAGUGACUAAGUUUCCAGCAAUAGAACUUUACGCUUCAUUAAGUGCACACGUGUCUUCGAGUAAGUUUUACAAAAUUACUCGCUCUUUCCACGGUUGGUUAUUUUUUUCCUCAACAAAAGCCUUCGUUCAAAACGAUAACGUACACACACGAAUUUUAUUCUCUCCUAAAGCACAACGUAUGAAUGGUUGCGACAAGACAAAAAAAAAAUUGUGAUUGCAUGGAGCAUAUUAUGCGACGUCGUUACGAGCGUUGAAAUUGGUUCGAAAUCUUUUUGACAGAACAAAAAAAAAAGAAAAAAUACGAUACUGGUUGAAUGAAGAACAAUGUUCGGAAAUCGAAGUAACAACUAACCAAAGAGACACUUGCAAGAUUACUGCAAAGCAUUUGGGGCAUCGAAUCGGUCCAAACACUGUGCAGUUCGAUUGUUAGAUCUACGGCAAGAAUUGUUGCUAUUUAAUGGUAUGUAAUUUACAUGGAACUCUUCCAUCAAAUUUAAACAACACUGAUAAAAUGUUCGCAUUAUCAUAGUACUCGGUAAACUGUUGACAGAUACAAUUAAGUAAACAAAAAAGAAAUUAAGCUGUAUGUAUAUUUAUGUACCAAACUGUUGUAAUAAAGUAUUACAUCAAAUAAAAUAAUUCAUGUGUAA